CUUUCACUAAUACGGAGUAUAAUCUAUGAACAAAAUAGGGGUAACAAAACAGCUUCCCUGGCUGCACCGCUGCCCGACCCGAGAUUCUGGCUAUAACAAAACAGAUUCCGGCACCGCUCCCCGAUACUUGCAGAUACCUCUCGUCGCAGUUGCGGGCACUCGCCGAAAGGUACCCCGGCCUUUCCAUCUGAGGCUGCUAAGCUUUAACGCCGUGCAGAUAUAUAAUACAUACCAGUAGUAUGAGCUACCAUAGUCAAGCAAAAUAUGUUAUUUUCUUGGUUUCGUCCAAUCCUUUGAAGUUCCUUACUUUCUUGUGAGUCCAUCUUAAACCGCAUUGAGAUUCUCAGAUUCCAGUAAAACGCUUAUAAUUUGAUGUACUGAAGGAGAAAGAAGAAAGACAGUGAUAUGACGAUUACGUUUGAGGCUACUUUGCCGUAUGUGGGAAUGAUUUCGAACCAGUUUGCUCAAGUUGGGUUGAUGAUAGUAGGCAAAGCAGCCAUCUCUAGUGGAAUGACCACUUUCACCUUUGUCUUCUACUCCAAUGCUCUUGCUGCUCUCCUCCUCCUCUCUGCUUUUCUCUUCCAUAGGUCAACUCGCCCACCGCUCACCUUGUCUCUCAUUUGUGGGUUUUUCGUGCUUGGAGUUCUGGGAUGCACAGCACAGCUUACUGGGUAUACAGGAAUUAACCAUACUUCAGCAUCUUUUGCCUCUGCAAUGCUCAACCUGAUUCCGGGUUUUACCUUUCUACUUGCCAUCACUUUCAGAAUGGAAAAGUUGGAUCUUGCCAGUUCAAGCACCAUUGCCAAAUGCAUCGGGACUGUUGUCUCAAUCACUGGAGCAUUCAUUGCUACUCUCUAUAAGGGAUCACAAAUUUUGACUACCUCAGAUUCUUCAAGAUCCAACUUUCACCGUUUAUAUUUACCUCAAGUAAAUUGGGUUAUUGGGGCAGCUUUUCUGUUAGUUGACUGUGUGGCAUCUUCUGCUUUUCUAGUGGUACAGGCAUCCAUUCUUAAGACUUACCCAGUAGAACUGAUCGUGGUCUUCUUUUACUUCUUCUUUACGGCAAUUCUAUCUGCAGUCAUCUCUCUAAUUGUGGAUAGGGACUUAAAUGCUUGGAUGUUGACGCCUGAUAUGAGGUGGCUUGCUAUCCUUUACUCGGGUAUUUUUGGCUCUGCCUUCCAGGUCAGUGUCAUGGUCUGGUGCGUACGAAGGAAAGGGCCUCUUUUUGUUUCUGUGUUCCAUCCCUUAGGUAUUGUAAUUGCUGCUGCAUUGGGAAUAAUCUUCUCGGGAGAUAUUUUCUAUGCCGGAAGUUUGGUGGGAUGGGUUAUAAUUGUUAUCGGAUUCUACUCUGUAAUGUGGGGAAAAGCAAAAGAAAUGAAGGUGGCCAAUGACAACUUGGCCAUAAAUAUCGAGUCCAGAGGUGCUAAGGCUCCUCUCAUAGAAAGUGAAGACAGGGUGCUUGAAACAUAAUGCCAAUGAUCACUAGACCGUGUUAAUAAUAUGUGGACAGCUAAAGGUUCAGAAUUGGAUGAAACCACAUCAGAUUGUGUGCAUGCAAUUGAAGGAAGGCUCUCCUAAAAUAAAGAUAUUGUGUAUAUAACUGUGAAGGCAAACACAAUUUACCAUCAUGUGUGGUGCUUCAUUUGUGUACUGUAAAUGGAUCUUAGAUAAUUUUAAGCUUGCGGGCAGAUCUUGUCAUGAAACAGAAAACUAAAGAAUUUCUUCAAUAUUCAUCCCUUUAUAUUUGUUAAUCAAGUCUAAAUAGAAGUUAUAGAACUCGAUAUGAGCUUUGCAAAGAGAAACAACACUAAAUAUUAAAUAAGG